UUCAAGAUGGCGGAAGCCCUGACAACUCAGGAGCAGCUGGCUGUGGAGGAGUUCCUGAGUGAGGUGCGUAGCCGGGAGCAGCCUCACAGUGCUGGGCUCGUCUCCCAACCUACAGCUGUUAAGUUUCUCAUGGCCCGCAAAUUUGACGUCUCCAGAGCCAUCGACCUCUUCCAAGCAUACAAGAACACAAGAAUCAAAGAGGGGAUCAUCAAUAUCAACCCUGACGAGGAGCCCCUACGCUCUGAGUUGCUGAGUGGAAAAUUUACAGUCCUGCCUGGUCGUGAUGCGAAGGGAGCUGCUCUAGCACUCUUCACUGCUCGUCUCCAUCGGCCAGACGUCACCACCCACAAAGCUGUGCUGCAGGCCAUCAUCUAUCAGCUGGACAAAGCCAUAGAGAGUCCGCAAACUCAGAGAGACGGGCUCAUAUUUAUUUACGACAUGACCAACUCCAGCUAUGGGAAUUUUGACUAUGAGCUCUGUGUCAAGAUCCUCAAUUUGCUAAAGGGGGCAUUUCCAGCCCGUCUAAAAUGUGUCUUCAUUGUGUCAUCGCCUCUUUGGUUUCGAGCACCAUUUGCGGUUCUCCGCCUCUUUGUGCGCGAGAAGCUGAGAGAGAGGGUGUGCACAGUGAAAGCUCAUGAGUUGGCCAGUCACAUCCCAGUCUCCUCCCUCCCUGAACACCUGGGUGGGACAUCCCAGUAUAGCCACGUGGCAUGGAUCCAGUCGUGUGUCAACGUACACACAAAUACUGUUCAAGGUGAUACACAAGUACAUGACACACACGACUGUGUGGGAAGCCUUCUGCGCUCUUACAGCUUGGAGUGCAGCAAUACAAGUGCUACACUGUCCCACACCCAUAUAAAUACACAGCUGGGUUCUGAGCUAGCUGUGGCUAACUCUAACUGCUACGACGAUAGCAAUGCCAACCCACACAACCACUGUGGUGUAGUGGAGGGCAGGACUCGAGGCCCAGGCCAGUACCAGCAGAGCCCACAUUCUGCUGCAAACAGGCAACAGGGGAACCACCAACACUGGAACGGCUCAGCUGUGAGUGGGGCCAACAUGGCUGUUAGUGGCUCUAGCCCCAAUGCUAACAUGAAUGGUCGUGGCCGCCAAGCUCCUCCCCAGUCAGACACGCCCCCUGACACACCACUUUCCCAGAAAGGUGAUGGAGAUACAGAGGAUGGCGAGGCAACAGAUUCGGCCCACAGAUCUCAGGAUGAGGAGGUGAAAGAGGUGGACGAGGAGGAGGGUGAGGAAGAGGAGGGAGUACCCCCGUUGCCCCAGAAGUCUUUGCCUCGACCGCCCCACCAGCCUUGCUCCCAGUCCCCACCACUGUCCUCAUCAUGGGGUCCUGAUGACGAGGAGCACUGCAUGGAGGUGUCCGUUCACAUGCCAGAAACGGGAGGAAUGACAGUGCAUGACCUGGUGGAGCAUGUGAAGAGGAAGAAGAAGAAGGGGAUCUAUCAGGAGUACGAGGAGAUCCGCAAGGAGCCGCCAGCAGGCACCUUUGACUACUCCAAGACACUGUCCAAUCAGAUAAAGAACAGGUACAGUGAUGUUCUCUGCCUGGACCAGUCACGAGUGCGACUCUGCCAGCUCUGUGAUGAUGACGAUGAGACAUCAGAUUACAUUAAUGCCAGUUUCAUGGACGGGUACAAGAGGAGCAACGCCUACAUUGCUACUCAGGGUCCUUUGCCAAAAACUUUUGGUGACUUCUGGCGUAUGGUGUGGGAGCAGAUGGUACUUAUCAUUGUCAUGACCACCAGGGUGGUGGAGCGUGGACGUGUCAAGUGUGGGCAGUACUGGCCUCUUGAGGAGGGCAGAGCUGAGCAGCAUGGAUACUUUUUGGUCAGGAACACUCACAUCCAGGUGUUCCAGGACUUCAAACUCUCCCAUCUUGAGCUUUACAACACUCGAUCUGGUGAGAGACGGGAAGUGUGCCACUAUCUCUAUGUCAGCUGGCCAGACUUUGGGGUGCCCAAGAGUGCUUCUGCCAUGUUGGACUUCCGUGAGCAUGUACUUCAAAGGCGGGACGCUGCAGUCCAGAGUCUGGGCUCCAGUUGGACAGGGCCCCCAGGAGGGCCUCCUGUGGUAGUACAUUGCAGUGCCGGCAUCGGCCGCACAGGCACAUUCUGUACGCUGGACAUCUGCCUGUCCCGGCUGGAGGACAUUGGUACAGUAGAUGUCCGUCAGACAGUGAGGCGGAUGCGUACACAAAGGGCUUUCAGCAUCCAGACCUGGGACCAGUACUACUUCUGCUACACAGCAGUCAUCGAGUACGCCCAGCGCCAUGGGAAACUGAGCCCAGUGCAGUGGUCUGACUCAGACCUGGAGACUGACAGCGAGUGAGAGACACAUGGAGAGAUAGAAAAACGAAUGGGAUAGCCAACCAAUAAGCCAAUGUCAUAGGAAUGAAAGAUUGUGGAGUGGCGUUGCGGAGUAAAGGAGGGAGAUGCCUCUUCUGCCAUAAGAGAGAAAAGACAAAGGAUGGAGAUUUUGUUUUGGCUCUAGUUGUAAUGACACGGACUCCCACAGUUGCUCUUCCUUGAGUUAAAUGAAUAGACAGAGGGAGAGGUGAAGAGCUUCAGAAAAAAAAUACAGGGAGUGGAGACUGUGCAUUGCGUCUCUGACUGAGAAAGCUGUCCUGCCAAUUUCCGAGCCCCUUUUUAUUUAGCAAACUACAGGGGAACUUGGCAUGCCCUCAACCUGUCUUGUUGACAAGAGCGUUGUACGAGUUGUAGCAUUUUUAUAUUGACUUGCACAUGAGGAAUGACAAACUUGAACUUUACCCCUUGAAGCCCUCCAAACCCGUCUUUGUUCCGUUUUUGUAUUACCUGCUCCUUUUCAACCCUGAACAAGUCUGUGAACACAGAUUAAUUGUGAGGGGUAUGAAAAGGUGAAAUCUGAAAACAUCUUUUUUUUUUUUGUUGUUGUUGUGUUAUUUUUUUGACAGGAAAUGGUUCUGAAUGAGCAAAUGGUCAUAAAUGACAGUGCAUCUGUGUGUGUUUGUGUGUGUGUGUGAGAGCCAUUUAGUCCAUUUCUAGUUUUUAUUUUAUUUUUCAUGUCCUUUUUUUUCUAUGGUGCAUUUUCUAUCUGUGUUUCAUAUUUGUGCAUAUGUAGACUAAAUUUCAAAGCCAAAGUCCUCACCCUGAAUGCUUGGAUGUACUCCUUACUGAGAUAUUAUAGACUGAAGCCCAUGUAUAUUCUUGUAACAUACAUUUAUACGUUAUUGUGCAUAAUAACAACCUCUGAAAGAAUAGCAAAAAAAGCCUUGUUUAAUAUAAUUGACUUAACCUUGAGAAGAAAUAUCUAUGUAGCGAGCCAGGCUAUGAAAACAUAUAGAAUAGAGUUCUGUAUUAAAACUGAUCGCAUUGCCAGGUCUAACAUCAUCUUUACUGUUGAAGCGUUCUGAUUGGACGAUCUUAAGUAAUUUGGCCUUAACUUGAUUCACUGCCUCGUCGUUCUCAGACCUAAACCAUACCUGAAACUGUAAACUGUCUUAUCUUUUUUUUUCUUUACCUUUUCUGAUUCUUGCGCCCUUGAAACCACAACUGUUGUGUUUGAUUCUCGAGGCAUAUGCUGCCUCAGAUAAUUGUGCCUUCAAGUUUUCCUUCAAGCGUAAUGUCUCACAGUCCAGCUAGUGUAGUAAUAACACCCAAACUAGUGCACUUGCACAGUAACGUUAACUGUGUGACACAGGACACCUACAUUUUGCCUAUGGUCCUGUGUAUAUAGUACACUACUUCUGAAUAAUAUGAAAGUAGUGAGUUAGCUGGGACUAUAAGGCCUGGUUUGAGACAUGGCUAUUCUUUUAUCAUUUGACCUCAGGGGGUAAUUCUAGUGUUUUUUGCCUAGUGUCAAGGAUCCAUUUCUGGGUUUGCCUCUGGUAAAUUAUCAUUUAAAGAAAACUAUAUCAACUUUAUUUUGUAUUUUUUACUGUAUUGUAUCCUACUAUAUUUAUGUCUUUGUAAAACUUCAUUAUUGAA